AAUGUAUUCGCGCUUCGUCACAGCCAGUCACGCGUCAAGUCACUUGUGACAAACGCGUUGCCUAAGUCGCUCGUUCAGGACACCAUCCUCGACCAACCCUACCUCUCCGACAAAAAUAUUCCCUAGAAACCCCUCAGUUUUUAGCUGGCUGCCUGCAGUUCGCAUUCAAGCCAUGUCUGACUCAUCACCAGCGAUCAAGCGUGCUCCUAGGACAUAUGGACGACCUCGGGCACCGUUAGCGGACACCUCACUCGACGCAGAUACAUCGUUUGGGAAUCCAGGUCUGCUAUCUGACACUAGUGGUCAGUUUGGUUCAUCUGAAACAGGCGAUGUGCCGCCCACUUCGGAUUUCGACGCGUCUUAUGGUUCAACUCAUGAUGACGAGGACGACAACGACGCUUCUUUGGAUGGGGAUAUCUUGCCUGCAAACCUCAAAGGAUAUGUCUCGAUACGUGAUGCACUUCACAUGAUUGACCAGGAGAUGGACGAGACAGAAGAAAUAAAUUUAAAAGAGUCAAGCAGUGUUCGCCUCGAGGCGAACAAAGAGCCACUCCGGUCUUUGUCGAUAGAGCGGACCGAUGAAAGAGUAGCUACUUCACCUCCAAAUAUUGCAGCACAUCCUUCCACAUUACUAUCCAUAAGCAAAGCGUCACACACUCCGCCCUAUACCCAUGCACCCUCUCCCGCCAACUCUCCCUCUCCCUCUCCAUUAAUUCCCCGAGUGCGCAAGAAGCGAGUGGUCACAGAAUCCGACUCUGAAUCAGAACUUGCACGGCAGUCACCUUCCCCACAGACGUCUCCAAGUGCACUCUUUCAUAUCAAUACGCCUGCUGGCCGGUCAUCACCGACGCCGCCUACUUCGACGGAGAUGGCCCCUCACAAAGGAAAGGGUAAAGAGGCUCUCAAGCCCAUACCCGGGCUCGAUAUAGGGCAAAUGCAUGAUUCCUCUGAUGACGAGAAACCUGCACGGAAAAGGCCCAGAUCGAAGGGUAAGGGUGAAGAACCGCGGACGAAGGCUCCGACAAAGAAAGAUGUACUGGAGAGCAAGAAAGCGACUGCUCGUCUGCAAGCACAAAGGACAGUCGCUGUGCCUCGUGUCCAGCAGAAACAAUUGCAUCUCAGUGACCUGUUGCAAAGAGUUGGGAAGGCAGUCAAGCACGAGCCUCACCCUCCCUCUUCCGAUCCUAUCGUGCCGUUUUCACCGGCACCUCCAGAGAGUGGACCAUCUCGACCCACUCCCGUUGUUCAAUUCUCCAGACAUUCGGGUCCUCGUGCGCUCACUCCUCAGCAGGAGCCUUGUGAGGAACACACCAGUGGAUUGUCGUUCGAAUUGCCUGAACUGUCUGACGAUGAGGAACUGCCAGACGCCUCAGAAUUGCUAUGGAGGAGAGCGCAAGAGGACGAAGCAGCCAAGCGUAAACAAGAGCUACGAGAGCUCAAACUGCGUGCUCUUGAGCGACAGCAACGCGAAGCUGUAACAUUAGACCCUCAUGAUUCCAGUGAUCUCGAGAUUGAAGAGACCAUGGGAGCUGUUGUCAAAGAGGAAGCCCAAGAGCGGAGAAGAUCGAAGGCUCUAAAUGUCAAGACACCAGUUCGGAAGAGGAAGUCCCAGCUUCCAAGUGGGCUACACCUCGAACAACAACAAGUCGUUCUGACAGCCGCAGCGAGACCCUCAUUUGUCAGGGAUACUCGAUUCGAGAAGGGUAAAGAUGGUCAAACCUCCAGAAUACGGAAGGACGAUCUGAACCGAAUGCUGUUGCAAAAUAUAGACAAGGAGCGGUCAGAGAUCAUCGAGCGGAAAGAGCGCGAAUGGACCAGUAAAGGUGGCAAGAUCAUGUCAAGACAGAGCGCCGAUGAGAGAGGUGAAGAGGUUAUGAAAGUGAAGAUGGCCGAGCUUGCGGCAAAGGGAUUGUCCAGAGUCCAACAGGAGGAAGCCGAUGACGAUGACAUGGAGGGCUCAGAGGAUGACGAUGACUGGAAACCUCAGGAGGGAGAACCUAACGAACAAGACACCGAUCAGUCUGAGCACGAACCUUUCGUCGUUCAUCAGUCUCCAGAAAGCAACGAAGACGAAGCGGAGGAGGUACUACAUGCUCCAGUACCCAAACUCAAACGCCGACCCACAAAGGUAGUUGAUUCUGAUGGGGAAGAAGAACGACCUACUGGCCGCAUCCUUGUGCCCAACAGUUCGUUAGUCUUGGAUUCUCCACCCCGUCUUGAAAGCUCAGACAAGGAAAAUGCCAAUGACACCGAGAUCGAGAACGAAACAGACAAGGAGAACGACGCAUCCUUGAUGUUUGACCGAGGAGAGGAUAAAGAGAACACCGUUAUUGCCUCCAGUGAACCACCAAUCCCUCGCCCGCUUUUCGACAGGAAAUUAUCGAGUCCCUUUUCUUCAGAAGGUGAUCCUUUCCCUUCUUUGGAUAUAGGCUUGUCUCCCGCACUUCGCACUCCUUUGAAAAUGAUUUCGCAUAGCGAUGACGAUGACGAUCCCUUCGGCUCAACGGAAAACCGCGUUCAGGAUUUGAGACACGUCCGUUCGCCCGAUUUCUUCUCGCCGAGUAGACGGAUGCCUGACAACAGCCCGGAGGAAGCAGAAUCGUCUACCCAAGGCAAUAAGGCCUGUUCUUUGGAACCACCUGCCAAGAUUAAGGUUGGAUUCUCGCAAUUCAUGGCUACACAGAAGGAGGCUUCAGGAUUCUCUCCUAUGGCACCACCCGCGUCGAAAUCACAGUUUUCACAAUUUGUCACUCCUGCAAAGGCGGCAAAAGGUUUUGAAGCCCUCAGACGCGGUGCAAAGGGCAAUGACUUGUCUUUAACGUUAGGUCUUCCUAUCAUUCAACCGAGUCUGGAUGUGACGGACAGCGCCCGCAAGAAAGCUGAUGAGAUCUUCGAUAAAGAGCAACAGUUUAUGGUCGAGGAAGCCAUCCGACCGCCUGAUGGAGAGCCUCAGCUGUACUUGAAUGAACAUGGGUUCUACACGCAAAAUCCCGUCGUCAAUAAUGGUGAUUCUAGUCCAUUCGUAUUAGACUUACCUUCUUCACAGAAUACGUUCGCGCAUUCCUCUCCUUUGUUGAAUUCGGUGCUCAAGUCAAAACACCGUGCGCCGCUCGGGACCAUAGACCUUGCAGACGAUCUGGACGAGCCGCAAGCCUCUCGCCUAGGACGCCUGAAGAGGAGAACACGUACACCUGAUUUGGAUGAGACUUUCAACGAAAGUGGUUACCGAUCAAGUCCUUCUCCAAGUCCAAAACGACCCAAGGAUGCGUUCAACGUCUUGAUGCAAAGGCGACCAAAGCUCCCUAAGAAUAAGCUGGAAAAGUCUGCCUUCAUUGAGGGUGAAGCGGAAGAGUCUGACGAGGAUGCGAUGUUUGGCUUUGGAGGACCCAAGCUGAAGGCUGACGAUGAUGAGGAAGAUGGAGAGGAUCAAGAUGCGACUCUUGAAGAAUUGAUGGACGAUAAAGCUAUGGAUGCUGACACCUUGAAUGAGGAUAAGGUCCUGGAAAAAGUGAAAGAGCACCAAGAAUUGGACGACGCUGAGCUUGAGAGGAUUCACCGAGAGGCCGUGGAGGGAAAACUUCGAGCCAAACGUCGCGAUAGGGGCGUUGGAUUCGAAGACAGCGAUAGCGAUGACGAGAAUGAUGAAAACGCGAGGAGGCGUAAAAGGAUGGCGAAGAAACGUAGGUUGGAUGGUGGUGACAGUUUGGAUCAAUUGGCAAAGGACAAGGAAACUCAAGCUUUCGUUGCGAGUUACAAUGCUGGUUUACCAGAUGAUGAUCUCCAAGACUUCGCUCAUCUUCAGUAUGAUGAUGGGUCAGUUACUUUACCUGUGGACACUAGGGAUGAAGAUGAAGGUUCGGACGAUGAGGAAAAUCAUCAACCAGACAUAGUGUCCACGAGAGAUUUGCAGGCCGAGCUACGGCAAGCUGCACGAGGAGAGAUGAGCCACAACACUGUCGAUCCAGAGGACCUCAGUUGGCUCGAGAACGACCAAGACAUGGAUGUUGAGGAAGAGCCUAUUCGUAUCAAGGAAGUCGCCCAUACAAAUAGGCAAUCAUCUGCGAAACAGUCAAACAACGACCAAUUCGACUAUGCCUCAGAUGUCCGGUUUACAAAACCAUCUGGCGGUUUGACGCAACAUACCAAGUGGGCCAGCAAGGCUCGUGCUGAAGGUCUCAAUGGGACGGGACGUGCGUCAGCGAUUACUGGGCAUGCGGUACCGAAGUCAAAAGCAGGUGGUUCUAUCCUUGGACGCCAUUCGGGUCCUUCAAAUAGUCGAACCGGAAAGCAGCCAGCGAAGGUGACGAAGAGUUCGAGCGCAUUGUCUGUGGUUUCCAGUCGGCGAGAACGUUUUGGGAGUUAGCUAUAUGCGGCUACGGCUACGUGAUUGGCUCACUCUAUGUACGCGGAAAGUCUGGAGUAUGCUUCCUCAUCUCUAUCGCAUUUCUCUUCGUUGUAUGCAAUGCUUUCUAUGUCAUAUGUCGUAUGUAUCUUGUUUUGUAGCAUUGUUUUGCAUGUAGCGGUCCUUUGUAAAGUAGCCCUUAGGAUUCAAAUUAACGGAGUUCGGAUGUG